UUUUUUUUUAAGGAAUAUGUCUAACCAUGGUUAACCCCAAAAUACCAUUGAAGCUCAGCUCGGGCUUCAGAUUUGAAUAGUGAUUGAGAAGCUUCUCUUUUUGGGGUACCCAUCAAAUUUCAGAGCUCAAAUUUUCUCAUAUUCAAGUUGCAAAACCGUGCUGCACUUGCAUCUUCUAUUUAUCAUUAUCUUUCUCCAGCGUUUGAGCUGUCAUUAGGGAUUCAUUCAAGGAAUAAGCAGUAUAAUAUCGACUUGCAGUAUAUCGACAGAAGAUAAGAAAAGAGGCUGACAGCAUCCAGACCCAUGAUGAAACUCUUUGAUUCUCAUUGUCACCUUCAAGAUCCAAGGAUCAUUAAUAUGGUCCCAAAAAUUAUAAGGACCACAACUGAAACAGGAGUUGUCCAUUUUGCUGUCAAUGGCGUGUCGGAGAAAGAUUGGCAUUUGGUCAAAGAAAUGAGUGAAAGCUACCCUUGUAUUGUUCCAAACUUUGGGCUCCAUCCCUGGUUUAUUACUGAGAGGACUCCUAAUUGGCUGAAAACUUUGAGAGGAUAUUUGGAGGCUACUCCUGCUGCUGCAGUCGGAGAGAUUGGUAUAGAUAAAGGUUCAUUUGGAAAGAAGAUUGACUUUGCUGAUCAGGUGGAUGUCUGUCGACAGCAGCUUCAACUUGCCAAUGAGUUGGAAAGACCAGCAUCCAUACAUUGUGUUCGUGCUUUCGGGGAUCUUCUUGAAUUAUUAAAAUCUGUGGGGCCAGUUCCUGCCGGUUUUAUCCUGCACUCGUACCUUGGCUCUGCCGAAAUGGUUCCUGAAUUUGCAAAGCUUGGUGCUUACUUCUCCUUUUCUGGGUUUCUUAUGUCCAUGAAGGAAAGCAAAGCGAAGAAAAUGUUAAAGUCAGUUCCUAAGGACAGGAUCUUGUUGGAGACAGAUGCACCAGAUGCUUUGCCAAAAUUGAGCGAUCCAGAUUCUCUGUAUUUGAUUGAGAGGGAAGCUUCAUUAUCUGAUGAAAGUUCAAGUGGAGGAGGAACUAAUGAUGGAAAUCCGUCUGAUAAUUCACCCCAGGAGGACAAAGGCAAUGAACGACAGGCACAAACAAUCCAUAACCAUCCUGCAAACAUUCACCAUGUACUCUCUUAUGUUGCGUCUUUAGUUGAGCUGACAAAAGAAGAACUUGCUGAGAUAAGCUUCGCAAAUGCAUCCCGGCUCUUUUCUUAUGAAGGUUCAAAAGUACAGCAACAGGUAUAAAGUGCAAAUUGGAGCUGUGUCACUGAAGACAGCUCAAAGCAUUCUUAGGCUUUUCAUAAUGUGACUGGGCAAAUAUAUCUCUUUUGUGUUCAACUAUUGUAUCAAAGCUUGUGGUUGCAUUAGUACAUCAAAUUCUUCGGUGAUUA